GGUAUAUUGAACACUGAUACCUGCUCAAUGCAAGCACGAAAACCGAGUGUGACCCUUAUUGUGGCCGCUACUCUUGCAAAUGGAAUUGGUGCGGCUGGUCGUCUCCCAUGGCGUUUGUCCAAAGAGAUGGGUUAUUUUGCAAAGGUCACAUCAUCUGUACCAGAGCAAGAAGGGACACCUACACCUCGGAACUCUGUAAUUAUGGGUAGAAAGACAUGGGACAGUAUCCCAUCUAAGUUUCGUCCCCUGAAAGAUCGAGUCAAUGUGGUCGUAAUCGAAAAUAAUGUCGUGAAGAUCAACAGUAUUGAAGAGGCGUGCGCAUUCCCUUCAUCCGAUCCCUCUUUCCAACCCCAAAUCUAUCGCCGCUUCCUCAUCGGUGGUGCUCAACUAUACCAAUAUGCUCUUACAAGGGCGUCAGAUCAAUACAUACUUGAUCGCAUACUGUUGACUCGAAUUCUUGACCCGGCAUUCGAAGAGUGCGAUACUUUUCUCCCGGAGUUCCAUAAGCAGCCCGGAUCCGAUGAAGUGAAGGAAGUGUGGAGACAAGCUGAUCACGAAACAUUAUCUCAAUGGGUUGGGUUUGAUGUGCCAGAAGGAGUGCAAGAAGAAAAGGGAGUUAAAUAUGUAUUUCAGAUGUGGGUGCGAGAUGAGAACAAUACACAGGAUUAA